CUUGGGACUUUUUUUUUCAGAACUAUCUAUUUGCCAUAUAGUAAUGGACUCUGAAGAUAUCCUAGAGCCACUUUUUAAAUUGGACCAAACACAACCAAUGCAUCACCGUAAUCACCAUUUACAGACUUUACCACUUAGUUACUCUGGGAAUCAGCUUGAACUCGAAGAAUGCAAGAUUCGAGUAGUCCAAAGUACACAAAUGCAAAGUAAGCCGGUUUCCUUGUGGACACAGGACGAAGUGUGUGAGUGGCUAAGAAGCCAAUAUCCAAGACAAAGCUCUAUUUUUAUAGAAGCUAUGUCUGAGCAUGCAAUCUCAGGGCGUGCUUUGUUAAGACUCACUGCUGGAAAGUUGAAACAAAUGGGUAUUGCUCAGGAGAGCCAUCGUCAAUUACUACUUAAGGAAAUACUGCAACUGCAUAUACGAGAUGAUGUGGAAAGUCUUGCUUCUGCCUUCGCAGAAGGUCAGUGAAACAAUAUCACAUGCCCCAACAGCCUUGGAUACACCGGUUUCCCAGUUACUGCUGCAGGCGUCACAUCGGCUUUUCUGAGAGUGAACCCGCAGAAAACAACGAGCCCAGACAGAGUCCCCGGCCAUAUACUCAGAUCCUGCAUGUACCAGCUGGUGGGAGUAUUCGCUGACAUCUUUAAUCUCGCCUUACUGUGAUCUGAAGUCCCCACCUGCCUCAAGAAGACCACCAUCAUCCUGGUGCCAAAGAAAACUCAGGCAGCAUACCUCAAUGACUGCUACCCAGUGGCUCUGACCUCCAUAAUUAUGAAGUGCUUCAAGAGGUUAGUCAUGGCUCAUGUCAACUCCACCUUCCCUGCCUUGUUCCCUUACAAUUCAUCUACCAUUGCAACAGGUCCAUGGCAGAUGCUUUCUCCUUGGCUCUGCACUCAUCCCUGGAACAUCUGGAUAUCAAGCAUACCUACAUCAGGUUCCUACUCAUUGACUACAGUGUCAGCUUCAAUGCCGUAAUUCCAACCAAACUAAUCUCCAAACUCUAAGACCUAGGUCUCUCCUCCGCCUUCUGCAAUUGGCUCCUCGACUUCCUGACCUACAGACUGCAAUGGGUGCGAAUAGGCAACACCACUUGCACGACAAUCCUCCACAGCAGCACCCCACAAGGCUGAUUACUCAACCCCUUACUGUACUCCCUAUACAUUCGUGACUGUGUGGCCAAAUAUCAUCCUAACUCCAACUAGAGGUUCGCUGCAGAUACAACUGUUGUAGGCUGGAUCUCAAACAAUGGGGAAUCAGAAUACAGGGAAGAGUGCUUGGUGUCAUGGUAUAAAGAUAACAAUCACUCCCACAAUGUCAGUGAAAUGGAAGAACUGUGCAUUGACUUCAGGAAGCAAGGUGAAGAGCACACCUCUGUCUACAUCAAUGGAGCUGAGGUAGAGAUGGCUGUGUGUGUCAAGUUCCUAAGAGUGAUGUUAACCAACAAUCUAUCCUGGUCCACUCAUGUUGACGCCACGGUCAAGAAAGCACAACAAUGCCUGUAGUUCCUCAGCAAGCAAAGGAAAUUCAGCAAAUCCAUAAAGACUGUUAUUAGUUUUUAUAGAUCGACCCCAGAAAGGAUUUUCUCUGGAUACAUCGUGGGUUGAUAAUGACAACUGCUCAGCCCAGGAUCAUAAGAAAUGACAGAGUUGUAAAUGCGGCCCAGUCCAUCAUGCAAACCAACCUUCCAUCCAUACUUCUCGCCGCCUUGGGAAGGCAAAGGGAAGAUAAAGAAGUUGAGUUCUGAGGAAAGGUCACCGGACAUGAAACGUUAACUCUUAUUUUUCUUCACAGAUGCUGCCAGACCUGCUGAGCUUUUCCAGCAACUUCUAUUUUUUGUUCCUGAUUUACAGCAGCCACAGUUCUUUUGGUUUUUAUUUAGCCAAGAUAAAGAACUCUCCCACCCCAGUUAUAAUGUCUUCCAACAUCUUUCAGUAGCCAGAAGAUAAAAAGCUUAAACAGAUUUUUAGAUUCAAGAACAGCUUUUUCCCCAUUGUUGUUAGACUUCUGAAUGGAUGUCUCAAAUUUUUAAACUUUAUGUUGAUCUUGCUGUCUGUGCACCUUCUCUGCAGCUGUAACAUUGUAUUCCUUGCUCUGUUCUUUUACCCUCAUGCACUUUGCAAGAUAUGAUCUGUGUGUACUACAUGCAAAACAAAAGUUUUCACUGUACCUUGGUAUGUAUCACAAUAAUAAAUCAUAUCAAAUCAAAGUUA